AGUAACGAAGAAACAGUGAUGGCGGACCAUGUGAUGCAUGAAUUAGAACAGGCCUCACAAGUUGUGUUGGCUGCUCCUAACAUCGUGACUCCAGACCAGAGACAAGCUGCUGAGAGAGUCAUCUUGGAUUUCCGCAAACGGAAACUACCGUACAGCAUUUGUAGAUACAUUCUAGAGACCAGCAAGAGUGACUAUGUGCUGUUCCAGUCGGCCACUACCAUCAAGGAGGGGAUUGUGAGAGAAUGGACAUUGUUGUCAUCUGAGGAUGUGGAAUCACUCCGUUCUUUCCUGCUUGGAUACAUUACAAAGAAUAUCAGCCUUCAGAGCUAUGUGAGAGAGCAGAUCCUUCAGACAGUCGCAGUCAUCCUCAAACGUGGCACCCUCGACACCAAGGGCUCUGGCUGUGACAGCCUCUUUGCCGAUGUUACCCAGCUUAUAAGCAGUGGAAAUGUUACCAUGCAACUUGUGGCGUGCUCCAUGCUCACAGCCCUCCUCAACGAAUACUCCAGCUCAAGUAGGACCAGCAACGUCGGCUUCACAUGGGAGUUCCACACGCGCUGUAAGAGAGCUUUUGAGGAGAAGGACCUGAAGAAGGUGUUUAUGUUUUCCAUGCAAGUGUUGAACGAGCUUAAUGCACAGCCGACCCCCCUGACCCGCGAAGCCACUGCCGUCCUUAACCGUGUCCUCUCCAUCACAGAGCAGGUCCUCAGCUGGGAAUUCACACCUAAAACUCUUAUCAGAAAACAUGUGGGGUGUUUUUCCAUCAACCAGAACAUCACCCUGAAGCCCAACGCAUCAUGGAGGGACACACUGCUGGACCCUACAGUACUGGGGCUGUUCUUCAAGAUCUAUGACAAGGUUCGGCACAAUUCUGAAAUGGCCCAUCAUGCCUCACAGUGCCUCAGUCAGCUUGCAUCGCUCAAUGGCCAAAUCUUCAGUGAUGACAAGGCCAAGAUCCAGUACCUCACCAGCUAUAUCGAUGGCUUCCUACAGCUUCUCACAGGACUGGGUCUUCAAGAUUUCGAGCACCUUGGUAUUUCCAACUGCUUCAAGAACCUGGCUAUGAUGUUCCCGCUGGCAUGCUUCAUGGAACUGCCGAUGCUGCACUUCCGGGCCUUCGUUGAUCACAUGACCAGACUGACAUGCUCAAUGGGGAAGGAGGCAGCCAAGGAAGAGGCGAUGGAUCGGGAUGACACAAUCCACAUGGAGGCAUACGAGAAGAUGCUGGACACCUGGAUGCAGUUUGCCACCAACGUCAAGUCCUUCCCAGAAGGUGCACUCAAGCCACACGCCACAGAAAUCUUCAACUCCUAUGUCCAGUGUCACAUCAGUUCCCCCGAGGGGAUCCGCACACAGCUGAUGAAUGGAAGUGCUUCAGCUCAUGAUGAGGAGAUUGAUGAGACAGAGGAGGAUGACCGGGACAAGUUUUCAGACCAACUCUGUUGUAUCGGUGCCCUUGCCCGGAUUGUACCUGAACACACCAUCCCCCUCCUUGCAAAAGUUUUGGAGGACCGUAUUGGUCGGUUACAUGGCCAGUUACAGCGGUUACAGCAACAGAGGCUGAACUCUGGCAACCACAACGCAUCCCUAGACAUGUCUGUACUCAACUGUCUGCAUGAAGAUAUUCAUUGGCUCAUCCUCAUAUCAGCACAUGUCCUGACCGAAGAGUCUGAAGGCGAGACCCCCAUGAUUCCGUCCGAUGUCAUGAACUACUCCAUCAGCCAGUCACAGAACGUCAACGUCCAGACCACGCUGCAGGUCCUGGCAUCACCGGGGGAGACCCUCAACAGCAUCCCAGGAAGUGACCAGAGCACAGACUGGGUGGUCAGGCUGAUUGCUGGGAUGUUUCGACUGUGUGAGGUGGAAACUCGAGCGACGGACGUCAAGUUGGGCGACUGCCUAAGCCCGGAGGUUGGUCGUUCGACCAUGUGGUUCCUGCGGCGGUGGAUCCACUCCUACCUCCUCCCCGACGAGAACUACUACUCCCAGAUGAGCAUGGCGCUGUCAGCAGCCUUUGGCCGUGACACUGACGGAGCACAGUGGACUAUUUCCUUCCUGCUGCAGAAGACCAUCAACAACCUCAACAUCUGGAGCAGUGAAGAGUCCCUGCUCAAGGAUACGAUGGAGAUGUUCUCAGCGCUGGUGGAGACAAAGGCCAGGGCGUCAUACGUGAUCAAGGUGGAGAACCUAUGGCAUCUGGCGCGGAUGGAGGCCAACAAUGAUGCUGUUAUCGAUGGCCUGCCAUCUUCUGUCCGCCGCCUCAUGAUGAAGGCUCUCGUACUGGCGGGAGUUGGAUUCAGGGAGGACUCCAACAAGGAGGAGUAUUGGAAACUGGUGCUGCAGUCUGUCCACGACCGCUUCUAUGCCCUGGUGUGUCAGGAGCACUUUGCAGACAAGAAGGUUACGUGUAAGAAUGCUGUGAUGGGCAUCCUCGACGUGCUGCUGGGGAUAGCCCAGGGUUCCAGACUCAUCAACCUGGACCGCAUCUUCCUCUUCCUCUCACCCCUCCUAGCGGAGAGUGUCAAGUUGCUGGAUCUGUACCACAGCUAUGAGGAGGUGGUUCCAAUGAUCCUAGAGCUGUUCUCCGAGAUCGUCAACAAGCAACUGUGCUACCUGAGUGAGAUGAAGGCACGGAAGCUGUACGAGCUCAGUUUGUCGGCAAUACAGACCUACUCUAAGCACAACACAGGCAAGCGGCUGGUGGAUGUGAGCGAGGAGGAGGAGAACAAAUACCAAGACAUCCUGCUGGUGAUGGAGCUGCUCACCAACCUGCUGUCCAAAGACUUCAUCGACUUUGGAGAGCCAGAUGAAAACGAGCCCAGUGACGGUGUGAAGAUGGAGGGCGCCGAUGUCGUCAUGUAUGGCCUCAGCAUCAUCAUACCCCUCAUGAAUGCUGAAAUACUCAAGUUCCCAACGCUGUGCAGUCACUACUUCAAGUUGGUAGCCUUCCUCGGGGAGAUCCACGCAGACAAGUUCCCCAAACUGCCGCCUGAACUCUUCAAGUCCCUCAUGGCUUCCAUCGAGCUCGGACUAUCCGCCUUUUCCCCUGAAACCACAAGGCUAUGUCUGGAGGUGAUAUCGGAACUGGCAUCCCACGCCUUCCAAACCAGCCUGAACGUGCCCCACGUCCAUGCAGCCCUGGCCCACUUCCUGGAGCUGGUGUUCCACAUGCUGCUUCUGGAGAGUUUCGACAUGGACCUGCUGGAGCCGGCCAGUACAUCACUCUUCUGCCUCAUCUGCUGCCAUCAGGAGCAGUACCGUGACCUGGUGAACCGUCUGCUGCAGAACCAGCAGGAGGAGGAGUACAAGCAGCGCCUCCUGGAGGCCUUCAACAACUUGACCCCGCCCUCCUUCAACAUGACCAUCUCCCGGCACACCAAGAUAGCAUUCAUGCACAACUUUGACCAGUUCCUUACUAACGUCAGAGGAUUCUUGUGUGUCAAGUGAAAGGGCACCUACACAUUGGUUCCUUUAUCAAAAGAAUCGCUGGUCACAAUGGGAGCUCUUCAGUCCAGUGUCGGCUUUGCGUUUACACGCACAAUCCAAUUCAUGCUGUUCUAUGCAAAGUUUGAUGCACCAAUACAAGACGUGCCUACAAGCACGAGAGACCGCACUUGCUGUGCCUGCAAGCUAGGUAGCUGUACAGAAUGCACCAUGUUCGUGUGAGGUAGGGACAGUAUGCGUGUGUGCAGUGUGCGGCAAGAAUGCACCGGGGCGGAAUGUAUCACUGUGUGUUUGUGUGGAACAAUGCAACAAGAGUACGCCUCACGUACCCUUAGACUGCUUGUGUUUGCUCAAUCAAAUGGUUCUCGGUGCUGACACAUGCAAGUUAAAUGUGUUAAGAGUAUUUUUCUAAAGUAACAGAAGAAGUAUUUUAGUAGGAAACGACAAUGCCUCGAACAACUGUGAAAACUGAUGCUCUCUGAAAGUGCUUGUUUGUUGUGGUGACCGAGUACUGGACAAGUUUAGGGACCUUGAGGGAGUCGAGGGUUCAACUGACAAUGCAAAUAAUAUGUUGUGAAACAACCAUUGUUGGAGGCCAACGGAUUUGAUGUCUAAGACUGGUAGAAUCUGCUAGAAACAGACUUGGUCAAGUCCUCAAUCUGUUCUUGGGAAGGAUACAUCUGACAGGGUAGAAGAACUGCUCUCAGACAUGUGGAAGAUCUGGCGUCUGCCCUCAGACAGAUGGAAGAUUAGAUGUCUGCUCUCAGGCAGAUGGAAGAUGUGGUGUCUGCUCUCAGACUGAUUGAAGAUUUGGUGUCUGCUCUCAGACUGAUUGAAGAUUUGGCGUCUGCUCUCAGACAGGUACACGUCUGCUGGAUUGAGUGAAGUGUUGGACUGCAAGGGAAUGACCUGAGAAGCUGCUGUAUGUCAGUCACGAUGUUCUUUUCAACAACGAUGCUAGGAUUGAUUCACUCUGAUAAGAUGGCUUAUGACAUAACAAGAAGGUUGCCCCAACUGUUGGUUGACUUAAUGGUUGAUUCCUCUGAGCCAUGAUGUGACUGAAUCAAUGAUUCAGAUUGCUGUUUCCGUGGUUACGAAGAGAUAGUUCAUUAAACGGUUACGAAGUGAUGGUAUUCCACUCGACCACUAUGUUUUGCUUAAUUAAAUGGCUACUUUGUGAAGGCUGAUUCCACGACUACAAAAUUACAAGGUGAUGGGUAAUUCCACUUCUACAAGGUGAUGGUUGAUGACAACGUAAACGGUGAUUCUACUAUUCCAAAGUUAUCUUUAAGUCCUCUGGAUCUACACAUCGACAGUGUGAUUGACAGUUGCUCUCCCAGGCAAUGGAAUUCUUGAUCCUUCAGUGGAAGAAGUGAAGAACAGUUAAAGCCAGUCAACCUUCUCCAGCACUGCCCCAACAUGACGCCAACUGACGAGCGUUGGCCAUGAUGACUACUGUGUGUCUUUCAAGUGUGUCCGGUUUAUGAGAUUAAAUGUGUUCCGAGCGUAUGUCAACAGGGUAGACAGACCGAGUUGCACGAGUGUUUAACUCUAGCAGAUGUUAUAUUACUUAAUGCGGGAUCUGCUCACAAUGACACUCACUGUUGUGUAAUGGAGGUAUACAACUCAGAAUUUGCUAAGGACCAAAAUAGUCGUUUUUAGUCAGUCAAAGGUGUGAUCCUUAGCAAGUGUUGAGCAGCAUAUGUUCAGAAUAGCCUACAGCGUAUUAUCAUUUUCACAAAGUACAUGUAUUUUCUUAAUUUAUGAAGGUCGAACAACUUAUCACGUAUAGUUUCUGUAUGUUGUUAGACACUAGAUUCAUUCCUGUGAAUGAGUGAUUGAACCAUCAUGGGAGAAUGAUCCCUUGUGCCUUACGUUGAAGCCUGACAGCUCUCUACUCAGCAGAACAUGUCCGUAGUGUGUGUAUGGGUGUCAGCCAUCGUUGUCCGUGUCCAAGUAUUAGAGAUCAUGUAUAUAGGAGUCAAUGUUUACUGUCAAAUUUUCAUAAAAACAAGGCUGAUCAUGCAAACAAAUCAGGUUUUACAAAAAUCAAAGAAUUACAUCUUCAAUUAUGAAUCAUGAUGAGAAUCAGAGCUACAGAUAAGCAGUGUAUUUGGGUAAAAUCCCCCCCCAAAAUAUUCAAAACCCAAUUACCUUCAACUAACUUGCGUACAGAAACGCAUGCAUUAAAUGAAAAACUCAAAUGUAUAAAAACAGCUCGCCUCAAUACCCAAGCUGAAAAAAGCAUGCGUACAACGGAGCUAAUUUCCGAAACACAAUUACCCGCUAAUUUACUUUCCGAGUCAAGCCUAUAUGUUUAGAAGAAACAUGAACAUCUAAAACAUUAAAUCUUAAGAUGGUCACUAAUUUUGGGAAAAAACCAAUAGAGUGAGGAAUAGUUGAGUGAAAAAAUAUUGGUUACCAAAUGAAAAAUGUAAUAACCCAAUCAAAAUAGAAACCCUAGAGUAAAACCUUAUUGCUCAAAAAGUUAUCUGGAGCUCUGUAUAAUUGCCAUUGUUUUUGUAACUUUGAGUUAGUGAUAAGACUGGUCAAAUGUAUUUACUGUCUCCACCUUUUGGUUGUGCAAUCCAAUGGAAUAUGUAGAUUAUAGAUUGAUCAUAUAUUAUCCCAUGUCUUUUUAGGGACCAACCAUGUCAUUUAAUAUUGGGAGGGGGAGGGGUCUGUCAUGUUUGUUUGAGAUAAAAUAUUAAUUCAGUCAGUACUUGAAAACAUACAGAGGAUGGGGACAAAAUAUAUUCUUUGGACUCAUAAUACAUUAUUUUUCAAACAUUCAGAAUAUUCACCUGAUGUCUAAUGAACAAUUAUUUAGAGGGGUAAAACUUGAGGUCAGAAUGUUUCAAAAGAUUAUUAUUGUUUUGGACCCGAGCACCUCAGAGCCCCAGAAUAUGAAAUGGUUGUCAGAUUAACUGUUUAAUGUGGACUCCUACUGAAGACAGAGGUGUGAUGGUGUUGUUGGGGCUUUAAGGGUUAACUAUGGGCCCUGACGCCAGUAUUGUAUCACAACAAUUUUCAUCGAUACGAAAGCAAUACAUGUUGUAUAGGUAACAUCUGUCAGUUGCAUGUGCGGAAACCAACCAAGGCUUGAGAACUUUGAAUACCAACAGACAUUGGCAUUUUACAAUUCAUUAUGCAGUAUGAAAAACGAAUGGCAAAAUCUAUACUACUCAAAAAAGGUUAAGCAACACAAUUCUUUCAUAUUACUAUAGUUAAUCUGUCAUGGCAGAUUAAUUAUUGUAAUAUGAAAGAAUUAGGUGUUUAUUAACUAGUUUUGAGUAGAAUAUUUUCUGAAGGUAUGACUCCUCAAGCCAAGUUCGUGGUAUAAACAAUUUUUGGCAUGUUAUCAUAGCUAUUAUUACAAAUUACCAAAUGGGAUUUUAGGUAUAUUUUAGUAAUUUAUUUAUUUUGAUGAUGGAAUAUUGUUCCUCGGCCAUGUGAGUAUGACACGUGUUAAGUUUGUUAAUCCUGUUACAACUUUACAAUCUCGACAUGUGAGAGAGUCUACCAUUACAAUGAUCGCCAUAGCAACUGUCAGAAGGCCACACUUCCAAUCACAGCCAUUUGUCUUGCAGAUUGGGGAUUUUUGACUAUUUCCUAUUACUUUCAGUCACAUGAUGAAUUGUAACCAUGGUUACAGCUGCAGUGUUUGCUGUGUAGCUGCUCUCACAAUAUGAAGUAUUCUACUCUAAAGAAGUUAAGGAACACCAAAUUCUUUCAUAUUACUAUAGACCCGUGAAGAUCCGGGGUAGAAUAGGUCUUCAGCAACCCAUGCUUGUCGUAAAAGG